CUGGAUGGUAGUAGCAGUAGCAGGUAGCGGUGUUAAAAUAAAUCAGUUUUGUGCAGAUGCAGAUUGUUGUUGUGAUAUUUACUGUAAUGAGCCAGAUAUAUCUGAUUCAUCUGGAUUAAAUAAAUGAAUAUAAUAUUUCUUAACAAGUAGACCUAAUAAUUUUACACGAUUUCGUUCUUACGCUAUUUUUUCUUUAGUAAAGAGAUGACUGAAUAUAAGUUAGUUGUUGUGGGUGCUGGAGGUGUAGGCAAAAGUGCAUUGACUAUCCAGUUAAUUCAAAACCAUUUUGUUGACGAGUAUGACCCAACGAUAGAAGAUUCUUACAGAAAACAAGUUGUUAUUGAUGGCGAGACUUGUUUGUUAGAUAUUCUUGACACUGCAGGUCAAGAAGAAUACAGUGCAAUGAGGGAUCAGUACAUGAGGACUGGUGAAGGAUUUCUGCUUGUGUUUGCUGUUAACAGUAUAAAAUCGUUUGAAGAUAUUAGUACUUACAGAGAACAGAUUAAAAGAGUUAAGGAUGCAGAAGAAGUUCCCAUGGUUCUUGUCGGAAACAAGUGUGACUUGUCCAGUUGGGCAGUGUCUAUGAAUGAAGCUCGUGAUGUUGCUAAGCAGUACAAUAUUCCUCUUGUAGAAACAUCGGCGAAGACAAGAAUGGGUGUUGAUGAUGCAUUUUAUACACUUGUUCGAGAAAUCAGAAGGUACAAGGAGCAACAAGGUAAGGAAAAACACAAGAAGUUAAAAGGAGGGAAUCAAAGGUCCAAGAAGUUUUGUUCUUUACUUUAGGCCCCUAUGUAGCGCGUAGGUCUAUGUAAAGUAAACGUGUAAAAGCCCAAACACAUUUUCAUGUUCUGUAUGAAAGCGUCUUUGUGCUUAACAAAACUAAAUCAUUUUUAAAUACCUAUUUUAACUUAAGUAACUUAUAACCUCGUAAGAACAUAUGCAAGUUUACAGGCUAGGGCUUAGUCUCAAAAUUGUUGUACGACUUUGGCCCACAAGUAAUGUAUUCUACUUAUUUUUCUCAAAUAAUUCAGGUAGCCUAGCCUAAUUUAGAAAACAUGGGAAGCUAAAAAGUAAUAUAGGCUGAAUUUUCAAUCUAUCUAGGCUAGUAAGUGAAUUAAAAUGUAAGAUACUGUAGCCUUCUUUAACACAAGGCCGGGGCAUUUGUGUGUGGCAACGUCGCAAAGUCAUGCCUAUUGCCAAGGUAGUAACAGAAAUAACAAAAGUCUAAACAGAAACAUUUCCUAGGCCUAUACUGUUCAUUAUAAAUUAGUGCAACAGCUGUUUCGAUUUGACGUGACAGCGGUGUUGCCACUUUUGAAGAUGAUGAUACCCGGAUGGUUUACAAGAUAUAAGGUUACUAUCUUGUUCUUGUUGUGAAUACAGCAUUCAUUCUAUAUUCUGAAUUAGUUUCACACAGUCUUUCACUUAUCUAAGUAGGACUAUUAUCAUCUUACUUGACAAAAAUCUAAUUAUGGGAAAAUGUCUGUGACUUAAAAAGGUUAAGUAUUAAUGACACUAACAUUUGACUAAAAUAAGGUAGGUACUGUACGGUAAUUGGAAAAUCUUAAACAAGAUGUUAGUCAUUUUCAUUCCGGUGCUGAAACAUGUUGAUGUGCUGUCCAAUAACUUUGUUAGACUUAAACUUGUAUAACUGUAACAAUUGACACAAACUUGUAUCUUUUUCAAUGUUUGUUGGGGAUCAGAGGUUGUACUUUUAUUGACUAAGCUUAUGUAUUGGUUUUCUUGGUUUUAUUGAAUUUCCCAUAAAGGGACUAAGAUAUAAGUCAACCGUAGGUCUCAUGAUAAGACCUGAACCCGGGAAGGAUUUACUGUUUCGUUUUGAGGCCCCCAGAGACCAAAAACACCACCCGUUUAUAUUAAUAUUCAUAUACCCGUUUUCCUAAUUCAUAUACCCGUAUAACUCCAAACAUAUUACUAGUACUGUAAUGUAUUUCUUCUUAAGUGGUGUGACAAAAUUUCAUAAUAUAUAAACUACUAUAUUACUAACUAUAUAGCCUAGGGCUAGGUACAAGAU